UACAGGCAGAAAAAUUGCCAUAGAUGCAUCCAUGUGCAUCUACCAGUUCCUGAUCGCUGUGCGUCAGGACGGAAACGUUCUGCAGAACGAAGAUGGAGAGACGACGAGCCAUCUGAUGGGAAUGUUCUACCGGACGAUCCGCAUGCUGGAACAUGGGAUCAAACCUGUGUACGUGUUUGAUGGCAAGCCUCCACAGCUCAAGUCAGCAGAGCUGGAGAAGAGAGGCGAGAGGAGGGCAGAAGCUGAGAAGUUGCUCACUCAAGCUCAGGAAAUGGGGGAACAAGAGAAUAUUGACAAAUUCUCUAAACGUCUGGUAAAAGUCACCAAACAGCAUAAUGAAGAUUGCAAGAAGCUGCUCACCCUGAUGGGGGUUCCCUACAUCGAGGCUCCGUGCGAGGCAGAGGCCAGCUGUGCUGCUCUGGUGAAAGCAGGGAAGGUGUUUGCCACAGCAACAGAAGACAUGGACAGUCUGACCUUUGGCACAAAUGUCCUGCUCAGACACCUCACCGCCAGUGAAGCAAGGAAACUUCCUAUUCAAGAAUUCCACUUCAGUCGAAUCCUGCAAGACAUCGGCCUGACCAAUGAACAGUUCAUAGACCUGUGUAUUCUGCUGGGCUGUGACUACUGUGGCACCAUCAAGGGGAUCGGCCCCAAGAGGGCCAUCGACCUGAUCAGACAGCACGGCUCCAUCGAGGAGAUCCUGGAAAACAUUGACACCAGCAAGCACCCAGCUCCAGAGGACUGGCUGUUCAAAGAGGCCAGGGGUUUGUUUUUAGACCCUGAGGUGGUGGAUUGUUCCAAAGUGGAUUUGAAGUGGGUCGAGCCUGAUGAGGAAGAACUGGUCCAGUUUAUGUGUGCUGAGAAACAGUUCAGUGAGGACAGGAUUCGUAACGGCUAUAAGAAGAUCCAAAAGAGUCGACAGGGCAGCACACAAGGACGGUUGGACUCUUUCUUCUCGGUCACUGGAUCUCUGUCCUCCAAGCGAAAGGAACCUGAGGUUAAAGGAUCGGCGAAGAAAAAGCAGAAGACUGGAGCCACACCAGGCAAAUUUAAGAAGGGCAAAUAGACUGAACACAAUUCUAAAUAAACUGUUGAGACGAGAUGAUGCAACAGA